AUGAAUUCAUUUUUUUAUAGUGCAUUUGAAAGGUUAUACUAUCCAUAUAUUAUAUACGCAAUGAAUACAGGUAGUAUCUUUAGAAGAUUGAGAUCUUUGAAAUCUCAUAUCGGUGCGAGUCAAGAGGAAGGAAAGGUUGAUCGUUCCCACCAAAAGGCAGUGAAGCACGAGGAUGAAGAGGAGGAGGACGACAAGUUCUAUGAUGUCAUUGUGGUUGGUGGUGGUAUCACCGGAUCAUCGAGUGCCUACAUGCUAGCAAAGAGCGGAUUGAAAGUACUGUUGUUGGAGCAAUACGACAUGUGUCACACAAAUGCAUCGUCCCACGGUGACGGUAGAAUCAUCAGAUACAGCUACCCAGAGGACAUCUAUAUAAAACUAUCGAAACUAGCUUAUCCUCUCUGGGCACAAGCCGAGAAAGAAUCACAAGAGAAACUCAUUCACAUCACCGGUGGUAUUGACUUUGGUGGUUACCAAGAGGAAGCACUCAAACAGUUAUUAAUAGCCUAUGAUAAUAAUAAAAUAAAUUAUAGUAUAUUAAAUUAUAAAGAAGCAAAUAAAAGAUUCCCACAAUUCAAAUUCCAAAAAGAAACAUUGGUAGUUUACCAACCGGAUAGUGGUGUGGUUUUCGCUUCCAAAGCUGUUUCCACCAUGUGGAAAUUGGCGAGAAAAUAUGGUGCCACCACACUUGCCAAUAAACGUGUCGAUACAAUCACCGUUGAUUCUGAGAGUUUGGUUACGGUCAAGACAUUCGACCACAGUACCUACCAGGCAAAGAAGAUUGUGUUGGCGUGUGGAGGUUGGAUUAAUGACGUGUUGUUGCGAUCGCAACUCGAGGUGCGAGUUCCAGUCAAUGUCACACAGGAAAAGGUAUUCUACUUUGCACCGAAACCCACUACACCACCAACUAUCGACCAUUCAAUGCAUUCGUGUCCAGUGUCGAUCUACUACGCUGGCGAAUCCAUCUUUUAUACACUGCCGCAGAUUGAGGUGCGAGGAGUCAAGGUCGGACUGCAUAGAAGUGGUCCCAUUCUCGAAUCGAUGGACGGCGCCAAGAAGCCAUAUCCAGAGGAGCACACCAAGGCGGUGCGUGAGUUUGUGCACCACUACAUGCCAUCGCUCGAAAGCGAACAAGAGAUAAGCUCACUCACCUGUCACUACACAAGUGCAUUGGAUUUCAACUUUAUCAUCGACAGACAUCCAGCGCAUCGAAAUCUCAUCAUUGUAAGUCCGUGCAGCGGACACGGUUUCAAAUUUGGACCGGCCAUUGGACAACUAGUUUUGGACCUCGCCAUGGAUAUUGAACCACCCAUUCCAAUGGAAGAGUUUAGCCUAUCACGUUUCAAACAUAAACUUUACAAGAGAAUAGGUGCAUAA